GGAGCCAGAGGGGCGCCACUACCGAACGACCGAUCGAAGGAGGAGAUGUGUCAGUUGAAGAGAGAUGUGUGAGAAAUCACAAGGCUCUGGUGACACACAUAUCUCCGAAACGCUCGAGUCAUCUGAGAAAUUCUCGAUUUUUCUGCCCACUGCUGUUGCGCUCAGAAAGGCGCACGGCUCCAUGGCUUUAACCACCCUUGCGUAAUGGCUGUGGCUCACACUACAAAGCUGUCUGCUUACCGCCCCGGCCAAGUGGUAGCUCUUCGGCAUAACGCAGGGAAUGGCAAGAGUUAGCCUGGAUUGGCUCUGCAAAAGAUACACAGAAGACUAAUCUCAAGAACCGAUUCUCUAAUUGCGUCUCUAUCGCCUACUGUCUCUCACAGACCUUGAAACAUGACGGUCGUCGGCGCCAUUGUGGUCCCCACCAUGGUGCAGAAGUACCAAUCCCCUGUGAGGGUGUACAAGUAUCCCUUUGAGCUGGUGAUGGCGGCGUACGAGCGGCGCUUCCCCACCUGCCACCUCAUCCCCAUGUUCGUGGCGAGCGACGUGGUGAGCGAGGAGACCAGCGAGGACGGCGCCGUGACCAAGGUGGAGCGCCGCUGCGCCCUGGACGUGGACGCCCCCCGCCUCCUCAAACGGAUUGCGGGGGUGGACUACGUGUACUUCAUCCAGAGGAACACCCUGGACCGCCAGGAGAGGACGCUGCACAUCGAGUCCCACAACGAGACCUUCUCCAACCGGGUCAUCAUCAGCGAGACCUGCUGCUACUCGGUGCACCCGGAGAACGGGGAGUGGACGUGCUUCGAGCAGACGGCCAGCCUGGACAUCAAGUCCUUCUUCGGCUUCGAGAGCACGGUGGAGAAGAUCGCCAUGAAGCAGUACGCCAGCAGCAUCAAGAAGGGUAAGGAGAUCAUCGACUUCUACCUGAAUGAGCUGGAGGACGAGGGCAUCACCCACGUGGAUCGCUGGACCCCCUCUGGCCUCCCCCCGCCUCCCUCAACCGCCCGCUCCAACAGCCCCCCGCUGCCCCCUGACUUCUCCCUCACCUCCUCCUCCACCCCCGCCACCUUCACCAGCAGCCUCGACCCCACCGCCCCCACCUCCACCACCACCACCAGCGUCCACACCUCCGCCGACGCCCCCACCAGCCCCACCGUCCCCACCCCGCCCCUGCCUGCCGACGCCCGGCAGGACAGCUCCUCGACGGACGGCCCCAGCAAGGAGCUGGUCGCCCUGGCUCUGCCUGAUGACCAGGCCGGCACCCCCGAUGACAAGCUGGACGCCGACUACAUCAAACGUUACCUUGGCGACCUCACCCCCCUUCAGGAGAGCUGCCUGAUCAGGCUACGCAAGUGGCUGCAGGAGACGCACAAGGGAAAGAUCCCCAAGGACCAGCACAUCCUGCGCUUCCUGCGGGCGCGGGACUUCAACAUGGACAAGGCCCGCGAGGUCCUGUGCCAGUCGCUCACCUGGAGGAAGCAGCACCAGGUGGACUACCUGCUGGAGACCUGGACCUCGCCCCAGGUCCUCCACGACUACUACACCGGGGACUGGCACCACCACGACCGAGACGGACGACCGCUGUACGUCUUGAGGCUGGGACAGAUGGACACUAAGGGGCUGGUGAGGGCCCUGGGGGAGGAGUCUCUGCUCAGACACGUGCUGUCCAUCAACGAAGAGGGCCUCAGACGCUGUGAGGAGAACACCAAGGUGUUCGGCCGACCAAUCAGCUGCUGGACCUGCCUGGUGGACCUGGAGGGGCUGAACAUGAGGCACCUGUGGCGGCCGGGGGUGAAGGCCCUCCUGAGGAUCAUCGAGGUGGUGGAGGCCAACUACCCCGAGACCCUGGGCCGGCUGCUCAUCCUGAGGGCCCCCCGCGUGUUCCCCGUGCUCUGGACCCUGGUGAGCCCCUUCAUCGACGAGAACACCCGCAAGAAGUUCCUGAUCUACGCGGGCAACGACUACCAGGGCCCGGGCGGCCUGCUGGACUACAUCGACAAGGACAUCAUCCCCGACUUCCUGGGGGGGGAGUGCAUGUGUGAGGUCCCAGAGGGGGGUCUGGUGCCCAAGUCCAUGUACCGGACCACGGAGGACAUGGAGAACGAGGGGGUGCGACUCUGGACGGAGACCAUCUACCAGAGCGCCAGCAUCUUCAAGGGCGCGCCGCACGAGCUGCUGAUCCAGAUCAUCGACGCCUCCUCCGUCAUCACGUGGGACUUUGACGUGUGUAAGGGCGACGUGGUCUUCAACAUCUUCCACUCCAAGCGGGCCCCGCAGCCCGCCCGCAAGGAGCCCCCGGGGCCCCACGGCGUCCCCCCGCCCCCCGGGAACAACGUGCAGCUCAUCGACAAGUCCUGGACCCUGGGCCAGGACUACAGCCGGGUGGAGUCCGCCCUCACCUGCAAGGAGGGCGAGAGCGUACAGGGCUCCCACGUGACGCGCUGGCCGGGCUUCUACAUCCUGCAGUGGCGCUUCCACAGUAUGCCGGCCUGCGCGGCCACCAGCCUGCCGCGCGUGGACGACGUGCUCGCCUCGCUGCAGGUCUCCUCCCACAAGUGCAAGGUCAUGUACUACACCGAGGUGCUGGGCUCCGAGGACUUCAGAACGGCUUGCUAUGACGUGCAGAGUUUGGGCUCCAUGACCAGCCUAGAGUCCAGUCACAGUGGCUUCUCCCAGCUGAGUGCCGCCACCACCUCCUCCAGCCAGUCCCAGUCCAGUUCCAUGAUUUCCAGGUAGAGGGGACUCCAACCUGGACUACAACUCCCAGCAUGCCCCUCUUCCGCUCCCCUCUCCGGGGCUCCACUCCUUCCUGCUUCGUCCUCUAUGGAGCCCGCCACCCCUCGGACGGGGAGGUCUCAGAGUGGAAGCGAAGCAUGCUUGCACAAACGAAGAGUCCAAAAAAAAAAAAAGACAAAAAAACGACAAAGAGAAAUGGCAAACCGAAAAUUGUGUGCACAAAAUUUAAAGGGCUGUUUUUUCCACACAAAGGUCAUGUAUUUGUCGAUUCCUCCUGCGCCUUGACUGGGCCUAGAGGUUGAAUACCGUUAUCAUAGCGUUUCUUUUUGUGGACUUACAGGCCGACUUCUGGGAGAUUUGACUGGAAGUUGGACCCAAGCAAUAUUAGAAACUAGGGAGCUUUUGGGACUUUGACAAUGGAGGUGUUACAUACUCGCAUAUACUCUUGCACGCCAAUAUACCCACACAUGCUCUCAUUGAGAGGCCCACACACAUACACACACACACACACUGAGACACAAACACACACGCUCACACACUGAGACACACACACACUGAGACACACACACACACUUUGAGACGCACACCUUUGAACGGACACUGAUAACAAGCAAAAAAAGAGAGUGGUGUUUGCCAUAUUACCAGGGGUGGUUUGUGUAACCUGGUAAGUUAUUUUAUAGGUCAAGUGUCGGUGGUGAUGUUAUGAUGUGACGAUAUGUUCGACCUUGGUCAAGUAUCAUUUCCGAUCGUCUAUUUCAACGUGCAGUGAGCUCUCGAUGGAAGGUGUUUCCUAAACGGAGGCGGUGCAGAAGACACCGCUGACAUCUGCAUUGUCUCUCCGUAGCAAAGUCCGUCCAUCCGGCUCAUCAGGGCUAACUAAUUAAAUACAAUAUAAAAUAAGAACUAAAACUACUACUAGCACAUGCUAUUGGAACUAGGUCCGCUAGAAGCAAUAACAUGAGUUUUGAUUUGUACUGUGUGAACUAUUUAUAUUUAUUAUACAGAUUUAUACGGACUGAGAGACUCACGGGUGUAGAUGAGCUUAGAUGGAAACAUCGCUUACGACUAACUGCUUGUUCUGUUACAGAAAGGUCCUUCCUUUGAGGUCAAACGUAGUGGUAGUCAGAGUAGUAUUUAGUGGAUGGACCGUUUGUGUUUUUCUUUACAAAUUAAUAUAUAUAGAUCACUUUAUGAGCGAUGUCGAUUUUAACAGGAGCCGCCACCAGCUUUAUUCCUGUACACGGAGACAGCCAGCCCUGUGGAGGGAGCUGUCAGAAGAUGCCUUGAUGUUCAUUGAUGUGAAUGUGCUUCUGAUUGGCUCGUUCUAAUCUAAACAAUCGCAUUUCCCUAAAAGGAAAAUUCGUGGGUCAUUCUUCUGCUUGUUUUCUUUCAUUGGGACGGAUGGGAAACUGCCAUUUGAGAUGAUUAUUCUAAUGACCUUCUGCUGUGGUGAAGGUUGUGCGUGCUUGACGGAUGAAUGUUUCAUUGUGAUGUACACCCAUAUCAUGCGGUGACUGCUCGGGGUCUGUGUGUUGUUUUUUUUGUGUUCUGCUCGCUCCAUGCAGUGAUGGGUUUACGGUGGAUGCGUUUAUCUGGACUUGUGAAACACUGCUAGCCAUUUGAAAGCCAUGUGUCAAGACCAUUUGAGCCUUUUUUGUUUUUUUCCCCCUCCUUUUUAUCGAAGCAACGGUUUGCGUAUGUGCGUUUACUGUGACACUAGCUUCAACUCUACGUUGGAGUGGGGAUGACGUUUUGGAGUGCAAUAGUUUGGGGGUUUUCAGCAACUGUGCGCUUGGUUCAACCCUUUUUUAAUCAAUUCCCAGGAGGGGCUUUUUCUUUGACGGCUUGUCUUUACUUGGUGUGUCGGGGCUGGUGUGGCAUCACCCUGAAAUAUCAAGAUACUUAAUCCCUCUGCAGUGUUGAGGGCGGAGAAAGCAAAUCUGUUCACAUGUUCUAAAAUGUCCAAUAAUCGGAUACGUACCGCUUAAGUGCUCAGAAGUCGUGGCAGAUCUCAGGACAAUGAGAAGGGUGCGUUAUUGUCAGGCAACAGCCAACCCAGCUCAGUCUAGGCCAGCUUGGUCCUUAGCCAGCUAUUUCUGAACCAGUUCGGUCUAAGCCAGCUUGGUCUAAACCAGCUUGGGUAAACCAUCUUGGGCUAAGACAGCUAGGUCUGAACCCGCUCGGUCUAAUCCAGCUCAGCUCGGUCUAAGCCAGGUUAGUCUGAGCCAGGUUAGUCUAAACCAGGUUAGUCUAAGCCAGCUUGGUCUAAGCCAGCUUGGUCUAAACCAGUGUAUCCAAUACAAUGUCCCAAUGACCAAGGCCAUUGAGACUGCUCACUGCCACCAAGACUCACCUCGAGGCUCUGAGCCUCAUCUGACCCGUCCUCGAGACUAUUCCAGAAGGCUGCUGUUAUCCUACUUUUAAACAUGAACUUUUUUUUUUUCUCGCGCAAAACGACUUUGAAGAUAGGUCACGGUUGAAAGUUGUGAUACCCACAUGUCCUUGGCUCCUCCAUCCCCACGCGUGAUCGGUGAUGACCGUGUGUACCUGUGUAUAUACUUUGUUAUGCUCUGUCCAAACCCCCCCUUAGGGAAGCAUGUUGAGGACGCUGUCCCGCCGUAUAUAAACGAAUGGCCACGACGUCUCCUCCUGCGGUGUGAACCGCAUUUUAGCGUAGUUAGCCACGUCACUUCGGACACGCGCAUGGUCAUGUGGACUAGGGGGGGGGAAACCAAGCUCGAGUCUACUGGAGCAUUGACGCCAUACACGGUCCACAUCCGAUGAGUGAUCUCCUUUUUCAUGAUAGGGUGUUAAUCUGAGUUUAGUAUCGCUGGGAUUAGCCGAAACCGAUCCCUCUUCCGUACCCUCCCAGCACUGCUCCUACCUGCCUCAUGACUUUACCGAUGCAACUCGAACACUUUAUUUAGAGGUUUCCUGGACAAAGUGGGGGGGGCUACAUACAUGAUGGUUCCCCCAUUGUAAUCCGUAUUCAUCUCGCUCUGCUUAGUCUUUUUCGAAAUUGUUGUUGCAUAUCUCCAAUCUUGUCACGUUGACGUGAAUAAUCAUGUGUAAGAAAUAAAAAGGACCUGUUUGGAUUUAUUUAAAA